UAAUGGGUUAAUCACUUGGAAAAACGGGCACCGCCUCUUUCCGACCCACAAACGUUAUAAGGUCCAGUCUACUGUCAUCAGUCUUGUACGAGUAAAUCAAUCAUGAAGACUUGUAAAAUUGAAUCUCGGACUUGCUCUUUUCCCGUCACUGUUGUAGUGGUACUUUGUUUAUUGCUCGUUUUAGUGAUGAGCGAUCAAAGUUUUGAUACAGUUAACACUACAUCAAGUUGGUCCACAAACGAGAUGUUGUUGUAUUCACCGCGAUCGGGCAAGAGUAUCCCCGGUAAGAAAUGGACGGACAAGUUACUGGCCCCGUUUCGUUCCUUAAUGGGAGCCCGAGCUUACGAUCCAUGGCGCUAUUUUAUGUCAGUGAAACGACGUCAGGUGAACGAACGGAGAUCGUUAUCAUCGCCAUCGGGAUUUUACUCAUCGUCGAUCCCGGCCGAGUUUGACGCCCGUCUUCGCUGGCCCAACUGCCCUACAAUCGGGGAGAUCUUCGAGCAAGGAUCUUGCGCUUCCUGUUGGGCUGUGGCGCCGACUGACGUUAUGAGCGACCGAAUUUGCAUCCACUCUGGAAGUCGACAUAUUGUACGCCUUUCCGCUGGCAAUUUAUUGAGCUGCUGCAAAUUGUGCGGAAAAGGAUGUAAAGGCGGUUUUCCUGGAGGGGCGUGGAUGCACUGGAAGAAACAUGGCAUCGUAACAGGGGGAUCAUACUCUUCAGAUUACGGUUGUCAAAAGUAUCAAUUCUUUCCUUGUUACCAACCUAGAACAAAAGGAUCGAUUAAAAAUAAAUGUCCAAAAACUGACAACACGCUACUCGAAUGCCGGGAGACUUGUAGAACAUCGUACAAUAAAAGUUACAAACAAGACCUCUAUUACGGGGAGAGCGUUUACAGAAUAGCUAACGACGUUCGGGCCAUUCAACUAGAAAUCAUGGAGAAUGGGCCUGUUCAAGCCAAUUUAAGGAUUUACGAAGAUUUUCUACAUUACAAAUCCGGUGUUUACCGGCAUGUACAUGGGCAAGGAUUGGAAUACCACGCUGUCAAGAUUUUCGGCUGGGGAAUCGAAGGUGGAACUCCUUAUUGGUUAGCGGCCAAUCCAUGGAGCAAGCGUUGGGGAAAUGGAGGAUUUUUCAAGAUUCUUCGAGGAUCCAAUCACGCAGAAAUCGAGGAUCAUGUUAUGGCAGGAAUCCCAAAAUUGGAUCCAGUUGACGAAGAAGAGCAUUUUAACUUAAUUUAAAGGUCGUAACUCUACAAUUUUCCAUGAACAAAAUUUUAUUACGAAAAAUGUGCAUCAAGACAACUGUUUUAUGGA